GUGUCACAGUCGGUCACGCUCGUCACGCUGCUCGCAUUAAUACGAUGGAUUAGGUUGUCAGCGUGAUAGUUCAGUUGUAUUUAAUUGUUAUUUCCCUUGUGUUGUUUAGGAAGUGAUCAAUGACACCGUUGAGUUCUGUUACACAGUGAUUGUAGAGUGGUUCUGAGUGUUGAGAUAAGGAAUUAUAAUUUCGUAAUGAGAAUAUUUUUUUGGCAGGAUUUAUUUGUUUCCUAUAUGCUACAGGAGUCACUGAAAAAGACGAAGGGCUUCGUUUCUUUCUGUCACAGUACACAAUUCUGGUAACAGAUGCCAGAGAAUGGUUGGUAGUCAUAAAUAUACAAAAUGAAUUCAACAACUGAAAGACAUUUACAAGCAGUAACCAGUCUUAAUCCAUCACAUGCAUUGCAGAUAUGUGGUGAAAUAAGUGGCAUGCUCAUUUCUUCAUUGAAAAUAUGAUUAAUUUUUCAUAAUGGCUGCUUCUUCAAGUCUGGAUGGAGCAACAGUUGCAACUUCUGAGUCAAAGAGCUCAGAAAAUCAAAAGGACUCUGCCACCUUGAAUGAUAAUGAUGUUCAUUCUUGGUUUGGGCUAAAUAUGGGAAUUGGUGAACUAUUGCAGAACUGGGGUUUGCUGAACCUUAGUCCCUUCCGCCGCAAGUCAAGUAAACCUGGUACAUCAUCCCCUUCAAACCAGUCACCACAGAGGCAGAUGCAGGCCUCUGUUAAAAGAAGUCCAGAUGCAGAACACAUUGAACUGGUACAGCUAUCAAAUAUCAAGGUUUCAGAUGCAUUAUGGAAAAAUAUUCAUGGUAAAACAGCAGUGCCAGGUGAUGUGUUUUUCACAAAUAUGCCAUUAAUGGUAACUGCUAAGCCAGUUUUGCUGAAGCAUGAAGUAGAGCAACAAGUUUGCAAUGUGGAUUUCGUUCAGAUGAAUGAACAGCCUGAAACUCGAGAAACCAAGCUGAAAAAUUCCACAGCUCUUGUUUGGACAGAUGAAGAGGUGGAAGAAAUGCAGAGGGGCAUAGGACAUAAUUUCUUGCAGUCAGACUGCUGCUACCCAACAUGGUGUGACAGGUGUGGUGAUCUCCUUUGGGGCUUGUACAAAACUAGUUAUUUGCGCUGCAGAUACUGUCACUAUACCUGCCAUCCUCAGUGCCGAAAUUUGGUAAAACUUGACUGCCGUGGUGAGAAUGAUACUGAAGACAGAGGUGCUGCUGUACCAGAUGCAGAAUUGGAGGGUGUGGAACAUGUAGUUGGCCUUGAAGAGAUUACUGAUCCAAGCCUAGAACCUUUACUGCAAGAAGUUUCCUCAAAGGAAGAUGCUGGAACAUGCCUGAGAGUUACCCGUGAACAUCUGCAACUCCUAAUCACAGAAUACAAUGCUGCCAAUCCCUCAGGUCUUGAUAUGACAUUAGAAGAAAAUGGCUCCACAUUCCGAGGAUUUAUCCGAGUCCACAUGAAUUUAUGUCGACCAAUCAGUGUUGUAGCUGGUACACGUCCACCUUCCAUUUAUGAUAUUCUUAAGGAUGAUGAAACACUGGAGAAAACCCUCACAUCUUUCUACCUGCCACGAGACACAGUGAAGGCUCUUCAUGUUACAAGUGAAACAACCACACAUGAAGUGGUCAAAGCACUUCUUAAAAAAUUUAAGGUGGUAGACAAUCCACGGAAAUUUGCUUUAUAUGAACGUUACUAUGAACAAGGGGAGACUAGAAAGGUCAAAAUGCGUCGAAUUGCAGAAAAUGAAAAGCCACUUGUUCUAGCACUUACAUGGAACAGAGAAAAGGAUUGCAACAAGAUGUUUGUUCUUCAGGAAAAUGAAACUGGUGAUAUACUGUGGGAAGCAUUUACUCUGCCAGAACUGAACAACUUCUUACGGAUCCUGGACCGUGAAGAAGAGGAGUACAAGAAUAUGGUGCGAAGAAAAUAUGAGUUGGUAGGAAGAAAAAUUCAAGAUGCAAUGGAUAGAUUGCAGUCAGUACAGCAGCAACACCAGGCCUCUAAGGUCCAGGGAGGUUCUUGAACAUAGCAAAGCUGGAACACCUUUGCGAUAGAAAGUUUCUUCUAGGCUGUUAUCUACAAAGUAGGUAAAUGUAUGUACAUAGCUGGAAAGCAAUACAGCAGUAGAAAAUUUCAGCAUUUCUAGCAAAUUGAUAAGAAAGAGAUGUGAACUGAGCAAAUAUCAACAUAUUAUUGCUUUAAUAUGACUAAGUGAGGGUCAAAAACUGUAUUGUUAUGUUAUGUAAUAUGUGGAGAUAUUUCACAUAAAAGGAAAUUGUGUAAGUGUUAAAAAGAUUAUUGUCUUCUGGGAUAUGAUGUUUUGUAAUUUCGUGAAUAGGUACAUUUUUUGGGGGAACUUACAGUCCCAGUCUUCAGGUUACACUGAAGAUGUAGGUAGCAGGUUCCUCCAAGUGUUGGUACCUGUCUACCAGACCACAUGACAUCACAUGCCAGAAGAUAGCAAUCUUCAUCCUCAGUGCUGUGAGAGCCUCAGAUUUCACAUAUGUAGAUUCAAGAAAGUGUUCAUGUUGUUCAUAUUUAUACCAUGCACCCAAGAGGUAGAAGGAAUUGAUGCUAGUUAUGAUAACUAUGCAUAGGAAAUCUUAAUUUUAAAACAUGCAGGCAUGGAAAAUUUUGAAGCGCCUGUUGAUACUUCUUGUAUUCUUCUAGUCUGUGUAGUUGUGUGUGUUGUAGAGGCAAUUUGCAAGACCUUUAUAUCACAUGUGUUUAUUUAUUUCUGUCACCUUCAGUUCUAGCAGAAUACAGCCUACUGCAGUUAUUGCACUGUUUUUAGGGUAAUGAUUAUUUGUCUAGUUGUAAUAUAAUUUCUCAGUGUUAGUGCAAAUGUAUAAUGUCCUUGUUUGUGAGGGAAGGGAAUAAAUAAUUAUGUGGGUAUUUAGGAAAAUAUAUUUGGGUUCCAGGUUAUCUUCAUUGAUGAUAAUGUCUAAUUUAUGAGAACUGGAUGUAGGUGACUCUUUUAACAACUGAAGUAUUAUCUGUCAUCAUACUUCAUAAACUGUGGGUAGAUAGUACUAUUUUAAUUCUUGUUUACAUGCAUACUCUGGUUUUUUGCAUGUGAUUCAAACAUAUAUAUAUAUAUGUGUGUGUGUGUUAUAAAAUUAUAUUUAUUUCUUGUUGCACUAGGUUCCAAUUCACUGUAUGUAACAUUUUAAAUGUAGCAGAAAAUUAGUCAGUUUAUGUGAUUAUUUCUGAUCUGUGAAAAGUGACGAAAUUGGCAAUUCUCAUGACAGUUUAUCGUGUGUGAAUGAAUAACGUUAAAUGCAAAUGGUUACUCAGAAGAGAAUAGGGAGACAUCCCUGACUGAUCCUUCGCAGCCUGAAAGCUGGAACUAGUGAGAUGAUUGAAGACAACAGAUGUUUGGUAUUUUUUUCAGACUUUCCCUCUCAGUGUAAAUAGCUGUAAUUCUUUUAUUAUUUUGUAUGUGAGAUGAAUGCAUAUUGUUCAAACUUGUUUGUAAAUAGGUAUUAUUUUUUUAAAGAAUGUGGAGAUUUUACAUGAUUAAUCUGUACAGUGAAUCAUGGUAUCUGUAUUUGGAAUAGUGGAUUUAUUUUAGAUGAGAUGUUAUGACAUUUUUCUCAAGAUUUACAUUGUUAAACAGAUUAAUCUAUGAUCAGUGUUUAAUCGUUUCCCACUGAUGUUGAAGACUGAAAGUUCCUAUUAUUAUUUUUAAAUUCUUGGUUUUUAAUUCCUAGAACAAAGUGCAGUGUUCUAAAUUACAUUUUGUUUUAUAAGUACAUAAUUUAUGUUGUUAUUUUGACAUCUCAGCUUAAUCCUAUGUUGUUGAAAUUAUAUAUUUUACUUUAAGCAUGCCUGCACCAUGCAGUACAUAUUCAGAAAAAUGCUGUAUUGUGCCAAAUCUAAAACCAAGUUUUUUUAUAAUCCAGAAUAUACGGGCAGAUUUCCUGGAAAUAAUUGCUAUUUUCCUUUUGUUACUGACUUGCAUAAUUCUGUAUAACUACAUAAAUAGCAAACAAAAACACAAGGUACAAAUAUCUGUGUAUUCAUAUGAAGGAGAGUCAGUAAAUAGGACACAAAUCGAUAUAAAAUGUAAAACAUGUGAUAUUAAAACCUGGAAAAAACUUUUAUUUCUUGACAUAUCCUCCACCAACAUUGAUACACUUGUCUCAACCCAUUUCCAGUGUAUCGAAACCUGCAACAUAGAAGCCUUUUGACUGUUGUCUCAGCCAUGUCCACACCUCUGUAUUUAACCUCCUCAUCAUCAGCAAAACGUUUUCAAAGUUUCUCGACCCACUUUCUAACCACUUUACACAACAAACAUUUCCCACCGUAAACAGGAAACAUUUCUUUAUGAACAUCCCUUGCAUUGAGUCCUUAUGUCCACAGUGCUUCUCUUGGGUAAUAUACUCCUCAAGCACAGUCACCGUUUUUACUACUGAAACAAGCCUCUGAACGUACGCUGUGUGUCUGCUACCUAGAAUGUCAAGAAUCUGGACUGUACUGCUACCUAGUGAUAAACAUAGAAAACCUAUUACAUCCAUUACAGCUGUUUUACUUCCAUUUGUGACCUGGUUACUGACUGUCCCUCAUAAAACUUGGAUCUGGACAAAUACAGUAAUUUAAAGACAUGCAUACAUUACAGUCCAAAAAUUUGUUUUCUCAGUUAUGGACCAAGUUUUGAACAAAUUUUCGAGACACAAAAUUUUUUAAACAUGUUUGUUAUGAUGUACCUCAAAUUUAUUGUUAAAUAACAGAAUUUAACAAAGUGCCACAAUUAGUAAAUCUUGCAUUGAUAUCCACUGAAUGUGGAUUGAAAUUGGUAAUGAAGUUCUAAGAGAUUCUUUAGGAAUACAGUUUUAUAUAGAUCAUUUUCCCCUGUUCUCUGUUAGCUGUUGUAAAAUGAUAAAAGAGACACAAAAUAUUGUUGUUAAUUCAAUUUUUUAAUACUGAGGAAUUUCUUAGCCUUAUCAUAGUAAUAUCUGAAAAGUUUGACAUCCUGUCUGAGAGUUCAGUAGAACCUGACUUGUGGAGCAGUAAUAAAAUAUUGGUCAUGCAAAUGAUGAUAAUAUGAAAGACCCAAAAGCUCAAUAAAGUUAGACUUCUUGGA